AUGUUUGGGGAGCGAACACUGCUGGGCUCACGGUCUUGGGCAUUUUUAGUCAGGAAAUGUGGGGAAGCAGGUAAUCGAAGAUUCAGUACAAGCGGAUUUCGCUUCCAGGACGUUGAAGUGAGGGUUGACGGUGUUAGCGUGAAAAUUGAGGCAGGGUCUUCAAUCAUUCAAGCGGCAGAUAAAGCUGGUAUCAUGAUUCCAAGAUAUUGCUACCAUGACAAAUUGGCCAUUGCAGGAAAUUGUCGUAUGUGUCUUGUUGAGAUUGAGAAAUCUCCCAAGAUGGCAGCUGCUUGCGCCAUGCCAGUCAUGAAUGGAAUGUCUGUGCUUACAAAUUCUGAAAAGGUGAAGAAAGCUAGAGAAGGAAUUACAGAGUUCUUACUGUACAACCAUCCUCUUGAUUGUCCUGUGUGCGACCAAGGUGGAGAAUGUGAUCUCCAAGAACAGACACUUCGGUAUGGUUCUGACAGGGGCCGCUUUCAUGAGGUCUCUGGUAAACGAGCUGUUGAGAACAAGGCCCUGGGCCCUUUGAUCAAAACGUCGAUGAACAGAUGUAUUCACUGUACUCGAUGUGUGAGAUUCUUGAAUGAUGUUGCUGGAGCCCCGGAAAUGGGAAGCACGGGUAGGGGCAAUGAUCUCCAGAUUGGUACUUAUGUGGAGAGAAACGUGAAUUCCGAGAUGAGUGGAAAUGUGAUUGAUUUGUGCCCAGUCGGAGCUCUGACUUCGAAGCCGUACGCAUUCAAGGCGCGUCCUUGGGAACUGAAGCGUACCGAGACAAUAGAUGUCACGGACGGUCUUGGUUCGGCGAUACGUGUUGAUAGCAGAGGUUCUGAAAUCAUGAGAGUUCUUCCUAGACUCAACGACGAGAUCAAUGAGGAGUGGAUCAGUGAUAAAACCAGAUUCAGUUAUGAUGGACUUGCAGUUCAAAGACUCACAAAGCCAAUGAUCAAGGUGGACCACAUGUUUGCCGACGCAACCUGGCACGAUGUCUUAAGCUUGAUUAAGGAGAAAUACGAACAGCUGAAACCGGCCGAAAAUGAGGUCAAGGGAAUUGUUGGAGCCCUGGCGGACGUUGAGAGUAUGGUUGCUUUGAAAGACUUGAUCAAUCGAAUGAAUUCUGAAAACCUUACUCUUGAUGUUCCCAUCACCAACAUUCCUUCGAUUGACUUCCGCUCCAAUUAUCUGUUUAACUCGACAAUCGAGCGAAUCGACGAAUGUGAUCAAUUGCUUUUGAUCGGUACGAACCCAAGGCACGAGGCUCCUUGCUUGAAUGCAAAGCUGAGAAAUAGAUGGCUCAACUCUACCAUGGAGGCUUCUCUGAUCGGUGAAGAGUUUGACUCGACUUUUGAGUAUGAAUAUUUCGGCUCUUCUGCAAACGAUUUGGGCAAGGCACUGAAGGGCAAACUUGGAGAUAAGUUAGCGAAUGCCCAAAGACCAAUGGUCAUUGUCGGUUCCGGUGUGUUGGAAAAUAGGGACUCGCUCGCGAUUCAAAAGAUUCUUGCCUUGUUCGCUGCCGGAAAACCAAACUUCAAUAACGAUGAUUGGAAAGCAAUCAAUUUGCUUCACAGAGAAGCUGCUAGAGCUGGUGCCUUGGAUAUUGGGUUCUACAACGAAAGUGCCAAGGUGAAAUCUGCCAAUCCCAAGAUUGUCUUCUUGUUGGGUGCAGAUGAGGUUGAUCCGACAGCCAUCCCUAAAGAAUCAUUUGUUAUUUACAUUGGCUCUCACGGAGAUGUUGGUGCUUCGCUGGCAGACGUAAUUCUUCCUGGGGCAGCAUUCACCGAAAAGAGUGCAACUUACGUUAAUACUGAAGGUCGCGCUCAGCUUACCCGUGCAGCUCUUGGACCUCCGGGUUCUGCUAGACACGAUUGGCAAAUUAUAAAAGCCAUAAGUGAGUAUGUGGGUCUAGGGCUACCUUAUGAACACGAAAUGCAAUUGAGGUCCAGAAUGCUGAACAUUGCUCCACAUUUGGUUAACUACGACGUUGUUGAGCCCACGUCUACCGAACUUUACACUCUGAGUCUGAAUAUUGCUGCCACUGUCAAAGUGGGUGCUAUCAAAGGCGAGACACUGAAGAACCCAAUAGAGAACUUCUAUUUCACGGACGUCAUUUCUAGAAACUCCAAGACCAUGGCCCAAUGUGUGGGAAGCUUUGGACCAAAGAUUGAGAAAAUCCAGGACGAAAAUGCCCAUCUUUAUUUAGGUAUCACUUGA